GAGUGCACUUGACGAAUCAGAGUUCUUCGUUGUUCCUCGAGGUGCUUCAAGAUUCUCCGGAUGCUUCGCGCUCUUUUGUACGGAGAGCUUCUAUGAGACUGGUGACCUGAAGAGGGGCUAAAUACGAGGUCUCGGGAUUGUAGACGGUUUGUUACUUGUUAAGAAACGAAAAUGGGCCAGACUCUGAGUCAGCCGAUAACUACUAAGAAGUCAGCCUGUUGUUGGGACGCUAACUAUCGAGUGGGCAGCUCUUGUAUGCAAGGAUGGCGUAUCAAAAUGGAAGAUUCGCAUGUGCAUAUACUCUCCUUGCCCAAUGACCCAGAUACUGCAUUCUUUGCAGUUUACGAUGGACAUGGAGGUGCGUCUAUGGCGCAGCACGCCGGGAAACAUCUGCACAAAUAUAUCACCAAGAGAAGUGAAUAUCAGUCAGGUGAUAUUGUGCAAGCUAUACAGCAAGGCUUUCUGGAAUUAGAUAAAGCGAUGCAGAACGAUCUCGCGCUCAAGGACGAGCCAGCCGGGACUACCGUCAUCGCUCUUCUCGUCAAAGAUAACAUUCUGUACAGCGCUAAUGCAGGUGACAGCAGAGCGGUGGCGAGCAUCAAUGGCAAAACGGUUCCUCUCAGUCGAGACCACAAGCCCACGCUAAAAGACGAGCGCGCGCGGAUCGAAGCCGCGGGUGGUUUUGUCGAGUACAAGAGGGUGAACGGCAAUCUAGCUCUGUCACGCGCACUUGGGGAUUUCAUGUUCAAGCGAAACGACCAGAAAUCACCGCAAGAACAAAUUGUCACCGCCUUCCCCGAAGUACAACAGUUUCCUAUUACCGAAGAUUGGGAAUUCGUGAUUCUGGCAUGUGACGGUAUUUGGGAUGUGAUGACCAGCGAAGAAGUGAUUAACUUCGUGAGAACGCGUUUGGCCCACACGAAGCUGGGAGAUUCGCAAACUACCAGAAACAACAUAUAUCCUGAAGAGAUUUGUGAGGAACUCUUAAAUCACUGCCUGGCACCGGAUGCUCUGAUGGGCACCGGCUGUGAUAACAUGACAGUGAUACUUGUGUGUUUUCUCCACGGUAAACCGUGUUCACAAUUGGUCCUGCGUUGUCAAGAACCAUCAAGUAUAGAUCCUUAACCUUUUUAGGUAGUGAUGUUUUAUUAUUUUCUAUCUAAAUUAUUCGUACCUUAUUUUAUUCCUGCGCGUCGGUGUAAUCCGACUUUUGAUAUAGAGAUAUUUGUUAUGCAAUAUAUAUAUAUAUAUAUAUAUAUAUAUAACGUAAUAUAAGAGAAAAGAUCCAUUCUUUUUCUCUCUUUACGUUGUAAAGUGAUCAAACGUAUUUGUAAAAUACAUUGUAUUUAUUCUCAUUCCCAUCACCGUGUGGUAAGUCUCGACGUUGCGUUAGUCUCGUUGCCGAUUUAACUGCUUUUAAAAAUACGUGUGUGUUUGUAUGUAUAUGUACCUGAAAGUGAGUUACGCAGAAGCUCAAUUGUGGGUAAGCUUUUAUUUACAGUUUCAAACAAUGGACAGGACCAGUCCGGAUAUAAGUGUCAUAACAACCUUAAUAAAAUGCAAUUAGAUACCAUUCAGAGCCCAUAACGAUCUUGUAUAGAGGAAACCGCCGCAUUCGCAAAAGAACUAAGUCUGCCUGCAACCUUGUUUACACCUUGGCGUACACUUUCUCGAACAUCGUCCAGAUCUACGACACCAGCUCGUCCCGCGCUGAGACGCAUAGAUAACGACGAAGACGAGGAUGGUGUUGAGUUUUCGGUGCCAAAAUAAUCCGCUGAUGAGAUGCUAGAUGAACCCUCGAAACGACGUAAAUUACUCUUACGUUCCCACUGCAAAUACAGAAAUUUUUCGUUGAAGAAUAAUAAAAAAUUAUAUUUCGUACAUUGCAAUACAUAUUGCUUCUCUAAAUUAUGAUAUUCUCACAUUGUGAUAUCGCCAAAUAUAAAAUUAAAAUAUCACAGAUAAUAAAUUAAUUCGUAUAAAAUA